CGAGCUGCCGUCCGCCGCCAUCUUGUGCCUGGCGGGUGGCGCAGCCCGGCGGGCCGCCAUGGACACAGGUGAGGGGCGCUCGGAGCGCUGGGUGCGGCGCGACCGCGCGGCAGCCGGGGCUGGCAGGUGCGGGGCGGGUUCUGAGCCCGCUUCCUCGGAGAAGGGCGCUUGGAGUGAGCUUCUGCACCCCGCGCGCCCUCCCGUUGUGCUCCGUUUCGGCCGGGCGCGGCCCUCGCUGGCUCCGCUGCCGCCGUCCGUAACGCGAGAGGCCGCGGGACGGCAUCAGAGGGCGCAGUCGUGGCCAUGAGCGUGCAGCCUUCCCGGAACGCGGACACAGCUCUCGCGGGUGACACCUCGACCCCGUUAUUAAUAUUUGUCCGUGAUGCAGGAUUCAGCUGCAAAUCUGGGAGCACGAGGCCGCCAGGCUUCUUGCUCUUCCCUUUUCCUUCACUCUAAGCCAAGUGUCAGCGGGCAUUCCUCCAUUCUUUGCGCUUACUUGACCGUAAAAACAAACCCCAGCAUGUUUAUUAAUGCAGGCCAAACGCCGAUUGAUGUAAUGAAGGCUUUGCUAAAUUAAUCCGUAUUAUUAUGGGGAGUUACUGCUGUUUCUCCUGUUUAAACACGUUUUCUCUACUUGUAUGGCUUAAACCGAGAAGAUUCUUACUGCUUUUCUCACUGUCAGAUGAUACAGGAAAUCGACUUCGGUUCCAGCUGGAGUUAGAGUUUGUUCAGUGUCUGGCAAAUCCAAAUUACCUCAACUUUCUUGCACAAAGAGGCUACUUCAAAGACAAAGCUUUUGUAAAUUAUCUUAAAUAUUUACUUUAUUGGAAAGAACCUGAAUAUGCAAGAUAUCUGAAGUAUCCGCAGUGUUUGCAUAUGUUAGAGCUGCUCCAGUAUGAACAUUUCCGCAAAGAACUGGUGAAUGCUCAGUGUGCCAAAUUCAUUGAUGAGCAGCAGAUUCUUCACUGGCAGCACUAUUCCAGGAAAAGAAUGCGCCUCCAGCAAGCACUUGCAGAGCAACAGCAACAAAACAACACCUCUGUAAAAUGAGACCAUGUGGGAGCACGGCAAUGAGGUUACUUUCUGUCAACUCGAGUGCUUAGGAGAGGAAGGAACCCUUGUAUGGGCUUGGCUCUCGGGGGUGUACGUUUCAUUGUUUUAUUUAUUAAGUGACUUUUUUCUUUCAUCUUGUUUAAAAAUGCAAGACUGAUAAAAACCUCCUCUGCAGUUUAUUUUAUAGCAUGGACAAUUUUGUAAAAGUAUUACUGUAAUUAUUGAUUCCUCUUUGAUUUUGCAAAAAAAAAUCUGACACUGCUGACAUUUAAAUAACAAAAAGCAUAGUUCACAAGUCUGUUCUUAGGAAUUUUCCCUGGAGAAUAACGAUGUAUUUUAAGUGUGGCUAAGAACUCCCGCAUGUACCGCUUUUUGUAACUGCAGGAUGAACAAAGUUAAAGUAAUGGUGUUCUACAAAAUCUAAAUUGUGGAUUUUUGCCUUGAAACCAAGCUGAGCUAUUACUUGUUAUUUCGGUUUACCUGGUAAUCCUUGUUGCUGGGGGUCAUACAGAGUUUUCCUUACAGCAUGUUUUACAGAUAGAAAACAAACUGCGACAAGAGGACUGCAGGAGAGGAGCAGAGAUAAGUAAUAAUAAACUUUGCAGAUACUCAGCAG